AUGUCCGACUCACUCGCCAUCGCCGCGCCCGCCGACUUCCAUGUCCACCUGCGCCAGGGCGAGUUUGCUGCCUUCCUUGCCCCCCAUGUCCGCAAAGGAGGCUUCAGGCUCGCUUAUGUCAUGCCUAACCUCAGACCACCCAUCUCCAACACCGAGGAGGCUCUCCUCUACAGGGCGCAGCUGCAGGCCGCAGACCCUACUAUUGACUACUUGAUGACUCUGUACCUCUCUCCAGAGCUCACGCCUGAUGAGAUCCGGAAAGCAAAACGCGCAGCGUAG